UACUUAAUAAGUGGUCUAAAUGUGAACAAGUGAACAAAGAAGCCUUUUUAAACAAUCUUGCGCUUUUUCAUGUGCAUUAUCUGGUAGCACUGCUGAACUUGGAUGUUGUUCAUAUUCGAUGGUGGUGCCUGUUCGUUCGCCCAGGGAUAUUUUGCUCGUUGAUUCUAUUUUCGUCUGGCUACUCCCUUCCUCCCUUUUCCACCGCCCGACUUGACCCACUGAAUUGGACCCGUUUGGAGGCAGAAUCCCGGGAUUGUCAUGAGUUGGCCACCACCUUCAUGGAGUUUACCAAAAUGGAGAGCAGCCUCCCAUGUUCCCCCUCCUGCCAAUCGCAUUCACGGACAUCCACGUCCUCCGAUGUUCAUGCCCAAACCAGUGAGUGCCCUGAGGACUGAAUCACCUCAAGUCGCUUCCCAUGGUUUUGCUCCUUCCGUUGGGAUUCCUUAUGGAAGCAUUCACUCCUUGGAAGAGGAUUCCAUUGGCCACGAAGCGGAGGGCAACAAAGAGGAAAUGUUCCCAUUGGGAAGGAAGUCUGAAUUCCAAAAAGAUCUCGAAUCUAGUCCCGGGUCGGCCUUCAUUGGACUUGAAUAUGUGAUUGAAAUACAACACAACACCUCGAAGAGGAUGAGUCCUGCCUACGCUUGUCUCCUUUGCGACGCCAUCAUCAAGACCAAGGAGGGCUCUGCAUCCACUUUAGACCUCAUCAAAAGCCACGUUCGAUCCUCGGCACACAAGUUGUCCUACUUGGAAAAGUUCUUCCCCACUUUGAAAGCUAAGAAAAUUGAUGUCGUCAAGCCCGUGGAUCAUAUAUUGGUGAACGGAAUCAUUGAAAAGAUCAUCCAGCAUUUAGGUUCCAUGCAAGUUAAACUAGUGGUUGGACACAAGUUAUUCAGGAAGAAAGCGCCAGAGAUCAAGCUUAUGGUGGACAAAUCUUCUCACCACUCCGAGAAUCCAAUUGUGUUGAAAUUGCUCUUCCCUCUUGAUACCUUUGACACAUAUCCGCCUCGAGAUUUGGUUAAGGAUGCAAUUCCGAAGCCAGUUCCGUGUAAAAGACCCAAUUCGCCAGACAAAAAACCUGAGUCAGUGUCUAGGGAAAAGAAUGAAAGCAAGUCAAAAUUGGAUGAUUACGCCGAUAUCUUCGAGGAGUUUGAAAGAGCCCAAAGAGAACAACAAGGAGGAGUUUCCGAGCCCUCGGAAAUGACUGACCCAAAGAGGUCUCGAAAAUUGUCGAGUGAUGACGAGUUACAAAUCAUCAAGGACACCAGUCGACGUCAAAGUUCAAGUCCCAAGAGAUCUCGCAGAAACUCUUCCAGAUCCAGGUCAAAAGAAAGAAGAUCGACUAGUCGGAGGGAUCGUUCACCUAGAAAGCACUCUCCGAGAAGACGUUCUCCAGGUAAAAUCGUGUCUAAAAGGCGUUCCAGAUCUCCAAAAAGACGCUCUGGAGGGAGGGAGGAAUCUUCCAAGAGAUCCAGGUCCCCCAGAAGAACAUCUCGAGAGCGAAGAUCUCGCGAUCGUAAACCCAGGAGAUCUGUAAGUCCUAGCAAUUCUCCAGCCAAACCUAUCAAUCCACGAACUGGCAAACCCUUUAGCUCCGAAUUCUUUGAUACCAAGCACCAACAGAUAAAGGAAUUUCAUCAAGCCCUCAAAGAAGUCACCCUCAAACACGGUUUGGAAAAGGACCAUUUCAUUGAGCAUGCUAGUGUGCACCCUGAUUAUACCCGAAGGUGGAACCGAUUCUACCGAGACAAACAACGUGAACACCAAUCGAUCACAAUUCAUAUGGAUUACAUCAAGGACGAAUGGGUCUUAGAGUGGAGGAGAUUUGUGGUUUCUGAAUAUGAGAGAUUGGUCAAAGAGGACCGAAACCGACUAAUGAACAAGUUUAGACUUUUUCACUCUGAUCUAAAAGAAUACGAAGAUUUCCAGCAAUUGGGAGAUGCUCAAAGUGAUCAGAAAGAGAAGUCCUUCAAAAUCCCUCCGAUAACCGACGUGAACCAAGUGGGUCCAAUUGAUGCUCAAGAAAUUGGAACUCGUGCGAAAUCAACUAUCAGCUCUCACCCUGAUUUUGCCAAUAGAUUCACCUCGGAGAAAAGUUCUACCAUGAUUGAAGUGUCGGUGAUUAGCACUUUAAGACUCCUGUCUGCUUUGGAAUCCCUUUUGGAUUAUCUUGGUCCCGAAAUCAAUGUCAGUUUAGGUAAAGCUAAUAACUUGGAAGUGAACGCGGGUUAUGGAUCAAGUGCUAGCAUGAUUAAUGACAAAAGCUUCUUCACGCUCAUAAACUCUGCGAGAGAAAAACUGGAGUCAAAAAUGGCCAAGAAUGCGAUCAAUCAGCAACAACUGAAAGUUUCUAGCAUUUGCAUUGAUAAUAUUCGGGCUCUAACGGAGCAAAGCAUUUGCAAGAAGCCAGAUAUUGUCGAAAAGCCAACAAGACCAGACAAUCCAACUCCCUCAACGUCGUCUGAGCUUGUGCUUGACUCCAAAUAUGACGCCCUCAAGGAAGCGAUUACCAAUACAGUCAUUGAGGAGUACCGAAAGUUGGGCCGAGAAAUCAGCGGUCCUCAAUUAACUUCCAUCGUUGAAAUACAAUAUGAACGCAUCAGAGGCCAGAUUAGAAACUCUAGCCCAGCACCAAUGCCCGCACCAAUACCCACUCAAACUGACCUCCCCGAUCCAAGCCCGUCCGUGGGACCAUCAAAACCCUUCUCCCCUCCAAAUCCACAACCCCUUUUCCAAGGAUACGCAAGUGAGCCCAUCAAUCUCAAACCAAAGCUUCUUCAAGUCAAUUGGAACGCUUUACAGAGUGCAUUGCUCACGGCAACAAGUUUGCCACCGGAACCAGCUGUACAAGUUUCUGAACAGCCCAAUGGAACUCCCCAUGAGAUGGAACCAACUGAGGACGACACGGAUUUUGAUGACCUCACUUUGGAAGACUUAACAUCUUUGUUCAAGAACUUCAACGAUCUUGAUGAAGAAAACCAAAAGAACCUCCUGGAGUAUAUGAAGCGGAUUGAGAAAAGUAAUCCUAGUAAAGUCACGGAACUUAAGCGGCAUAUUCAUGGCAAUGGCGCUUGAUUCAAGGUUUGAGAAUGGCGAAUAAAAUUGGAGUUCAACGA